AUGUCCGCUGCUGCUGAAUCGAAACAGAGCGCAGAAGUUUUGUCUGAAUUGUUUAGCAAACUUGCUGUUGCUGCGCCAGAAGAGAGAGACUCUGCUGCUACUAAUGUCGCUUCUUUCCUCAACGGUGAAAUCAUCGAGCAUGAUGUCCCAUACGAAUUUUUCCAAACUUUGGAAAAGGCUAUCAAAGACAAGAAGCAGGCCGUGAAUGCUCUUGUCACUGUGAGACAUAUUGCAAGUGCUUCCGACUUGUCCCCCUCUGUCGAGCCAUACAUCGUCGGCCUUGUUGAGACCAUCUCAUCGAAGGCAGGUGACAAGCAGCAAGAUGUUAGAGAUGCUGCUGCUGCCGCCCUGCUUGCCAUUGCCAGAGCCGUCACUCCGGUUGCUAUCAAGGAUAUCUUGGCUCGCUUGAUCAAGUGCCUGCACGAGACCGCUAAAUGGCAAGAAAAAAUCGCUCUUUUAGAUGCUAUUGCUGUUUUGGUCGAGACUUCCAAGGCUCAGCUUGCUCUUAGAAUGCCCGAGCUUAUUCCGGUGCUGUCCGAGGCUAUGUGGGAUACCAAGGUUGAUGUCAAGAAGGCCGCCACUGAGACCAUGACCAAGACCACUGCUACCAUCGAGAACAAAGAUAUUGAGCCUUUCAUUCCAAAGCUCAUUAGCUCUAUUUCUGAUCCAACCCAGGUUCCAGAAACCGUUCACGCUUUGGGUGCCACUACCUUCGUUUCCGAGGUCACCACCGCUGCUUUGUCCAUCAUGGUUCCAUUGCUUUCUAGAGGUUUGGCCGAGAGAGACACUUCCAUCAAGAGAAAGGCUGCUGUUAUUAUCGACAACAUGUGUAAACUGGUCGAUGACCCACAAGUUGUUGCUCCAUUCAUGGAGAAGCUGUUCCCAGCUUUGAAGACUAACUUGUCUACUAUCGCUGACCCAGAGGCUAGAUCUGUUACCGAGAGAGCUUUGAACACUCUUAGAAGAGUUGGUGCUGUUCCAGCUGAUGACAGCAUUCCGGAAGUCUCCACCGCCGGUGAUGUUGAUGUUAACCUUGCCAUUCUGAAGGACUUGGUCAGAGACAAGCCAGCUAGAUUUGACAUUGUUCAGAAAUACGUUGCCGCUAUCGCUGGUGAUCUGAUUGACGAGAGAAAGAUUGAUCCAGAAGCUUGGUCUUCCGCUUUGACACCAUUCUUGACCAUUUUCUUGCACGAGAAAGAGUCGAAGGAGAUCAUUGAGGAGUUCAGAAAGAGAUCCGUUGACAAUAUUCCUCAACCACCAGUCUUUGAGGACGAGGAUGAUGAGGGUGAGGACCUCUGUAACUGUGAGUUCUCUUUGGCUUAUGGUGCCAAGAUCUUGUUGAACAAGACUCAACUUAGAUUGAAGAGAGCUAGAAGAUACGGUCUGUGUGGUCCAAACGGUGCUGGUAAGUCUACUCUGAUGAGGGCUAUUGCCAACGGUCAGGUUGAAGGUUUCCCAACUCAAGAAGAGUGUAGAACUGUCUACGUUGAGCACGACAUUGACGGUUCCCACGCCGAGACUCCAGUUGUUGACUUCGUUUUGGACCAGAACACAUCUCUUGACAGGGACACAGUGAAGGCCAAACUUUUGGAAUUCGGCUUUUCUGAGCAAAUGAUCGACAUGCCAAUUGCUGCUCUUUCCGGUGGUUGGAAGAUGAAGUUGGCUCUUGCUAGAGCUGUGUUGGCUAACGCAGAUAUCUUGCUUUUGGAUGAGCCAACUAACCACUUGGAUACCGUCAACGUUGCUUGGUUGGUCAACUACUUGACCACUUGUAACAUCACCUCCAUUAUUGUUUCCCACGACUCUGGAUUCUUGGACAAUGUCGUUCAAUACAUCAUUCACUACGAAGGAUUCAAGCUUAGAAAAUACAAGGGUAACCUUUCCGAGUUGAUCAAGAGAGUUCCAUCUGCCAAGUCUUACAAGGAGCUUUCUGCAUCUGAGGUCGAGUUUAAGUUCCCAGAACCAGGUUUCUUGGAGGGUGUUAAGACCAAGCAAAAGGCCAUUGUCAAGGUUUCCAACAUGUCCUUCCAAUACCCAGGUACCAGCAAGCCUCAAAUUUCCGACAUCUCUUUCCAAUGUUCGUUGUCGUCGAGAAUUGCCGUCAUUGGUCCAAACGGUGCUGGUAAGUCCACCCUGAUUAACGUGUUGACUGGUGAGUUGCUUCCAACCAGUGGUGAAGUUUACGUCCACGAGAACUGUCGUAUUGCUUACAUCAAGCAACACGCUUUCGCUCAUAUUGACUCGCAUUUGGACAAGACUCCAUCUGAGUACAUUCAAUGGAGAUUCCAAACCGGUGAAGACAGAGAGACCAUGGACAGAGCCUCUAGACAAAUCAACGAGAAUGAUGAGCAGGCUAUGAACAAGAUCUUCAAGAUUGAUGGUACCCCUAGAAGAAUUCAAGGUAUCCACGCUAGACGGAAGUUCAAGAACACUUAUGAGUAUGAGUGUUCCUUCUUGUUGGGUGAGAACCUUGGUAUGAAAUCCGAGAGAUGGGUCCCAAUGAUGUCUGUCGACAACGCUUGGUUGCCAAGAGGUGAGCUUAUCGAGUCCCACGCUAAGAUGGUUGCCGAGGUUGACAUGAAGGAGGCUUUGGCUUCCGGUCAAUUCAGACCUUUGACUAGAAAAGAGAUCGAAGCCCACUGUGCUAUGCUGGGAUUGGAUGCUGAAUUGGUGUCCCACUCUAGAAUCAGAGGUCUAUCUGGUGGUCAAAAGGUCAAGUUGGUUCUGGCCGCUUGUACAUGGCAAAGACCUCACUUGAUUGUUUUGGAUGAGCCAACCAACUAUCUGGACAGAGACUCCUUGGGAGCUUUGUCUAAGGCUUUGAAGUCUUUCGAGGGUGGUGUCAUCAUCAUUACCCACUCUGCCGAGUUCACUAAGGACUUGACUGAGGAAGUCUGGGCCGUUGUUGACGGUAAGAUGACUCCAUCCGGUCACAACUGGGUCCAAGGCCAAGGUUCUGGUCCAAGAUUGGAGAAGAAGAACGACGACGAGGAAGACAAGUUCGACGCUAUGGGUAACAAGAUUGUCACCACUAAAAAGAAGACUAAGCUUUCUUCUGCCGAACUGAGAAAGAAGAAGAAGGAAAGAAUGAAGAAGAAGAAGGAAUUGGGCGACGCUUACGUGUCUUCUGACGACGAAUUCUAA